CACUGUUCGUUUUCCUCUCUCGUGGUAGUGAACUUGAAUUUCCUGUGAUGGACGAAACCCUCCGUGUUCCAGCGGAGGAUUGACCUGCAGAGGGUUUGGUAAAGGUGACACAAAAGUGAGUAGGUGCAUCCUAGAACUUUCAAAACAGAAAACACCUGCUUUUGGGGGACAAUGCUGAGGGACACUAUGAAAUCUUGGAAUGACAGCCAGUCAGAUCUCUGUAGCAGUGACCAAGAAGAGGAAGAAGAGAUGGUUUUUGGUGAAAAUGAAGAUGAUUUGGAAGAGAUGAUGGAUUUCAGUGAUCUGCCUACCUCCCUGUUUGCCUGUAGUGUCCAUGAAGCAGUAUUUGAAGUCCAGGAGCAGAAGUGCAUUUCUGGAAUGAGAAAAGGUUGUCUUGAAGAGACACUGGAGAGAAGAUAUGAUUAUCAGGAGAGAUUUGAAGCACUUUUCUCCCUCUAUGAUGACCAAGUUACAUUUCAAUUAUUUAAAAGCUUUAGAAGAGUCAGAAUAAAUUUCAGCAAGCCUGAAGCAGCAGCAAGAGCUCGAAUAGAACUCCAUGAAACAGACUUCAACGGGAAGAAACUGAAGCUGUAUUUUGCACAGGUGCAGAUGUCCGGUGAGGCCCGGGACAGAUCCUACCUGCGGCCACCACAGCCCACCAAGCAGUUCCUCAUCUCCCCGCCGGCCUCUCCUCCCGUGGGCUGGAAGCAGAGUGAGGAUGCAAUGCCUGUGAUCAACUACGACUUACUCUGUGCCGUUGCCAAAUUGGGACCAGGGGAGAAGUACGAACUGCACGCGGGAACCGAGUCCACCCCCAGCGUGGUGGUGCACGUCUGUGAGAGCGAAACCGAGGAGGAGGAAGAAACGAAAAACCCCAAACAGAAAAUAACCCAGACUCGGCGCCCGGACCCUCCGACUGCAGCGCUGAGCGAGUUGCAGACCUUCGACUGUGCGCCCUGAGGCGGCUGCAGGCCUGGGGCGGGCGGAGCCCGCUUUCCCUGUUUGAAUUUGCCUGAUGUCCUAAAUGGCACUGUAAAGGGUUAGGCCCAAAAUGUAACAACUCAUGACCUUUUUAAACAGUAGCAAUUUAGGACAAUGCCUCUCCCCUCCCCGCCAACUUUAGUGUCUGAUUGCAUAUAGCACGAGGUACCGAAAAUCAGAGUUAUAAUCACCCAGCGCAGUAGCAUUUUUACAAAUUUAAAACAUCUUCAAUUUUAAUAACCUGGUGUGGGUAUUUUUGUACUGGUAUAAUAGCUUCUAACUAAUAUAUUGAUGAAAGGUGAUUGUUCAGUAUAUGUGACAUUUUUUGCCCUAAAAGAAAUUCAGAGUAAUUCUCAAAAAUGCAUAAAACUCAUUUUCUCAAGUAUUUUCAUUAGCUUUGGGGAAGAACUGCCAAAUCCACUCUGAUCACCAGAACUGAACGGCACAAGUCCAAGUGUGUGCUGUAUGUAAUGUGCAUUUGGUCACUUGUAGUCUUUACUUUAGAAAAUGUAAUGAUAAGAUUUUCUGAAGACCAUUUUUUAAAUGUUUCCAUCUAAACAUCUUCAGCCUGCUUAGGAAGCAAAGUCAUACUAUUUUUUUAUGAAUUAGGGGAUGAGGGGAGAGAUCAUGCUUUUCUUUUUGGGUGACUUUUUUUUAACCUUGACUUGUAGUUAACAUUUUUCUCUAAAAUGCAAUUGUUUCCUGCUGGUGUCUCCGAAUGUAUAUCUGAGUGCUCGCUUUGGCAGCACAUAUAUAAAAUUGGAACGAUACAGAGAAGAUUAGCAUGGCCCCUGUGCAAAGAUGACACGCAAAUUUGUGGAAUGUUCCCUUUUUUUUUUUUUUUUUUUAAUGUAUAUCUGAACCUCCUAAGGUAGCAGAGAUCUUUUAGUGCUUUGGGGUCUGUUCAGAUGGUAACCUCUCACAUAAAAAUCUCAUGAUUAUGGCUGUUUGCUUUGGGCCACCUGGCUCUGUCGUUUGUGUGGCAGAUGCUGGGAGCUCCCUGGUAUCUCUGGGAAGGGCUUGCAUUUCAUUUAGAACUAAUAAACCAAAGUGGCUGUCACUGCAAAGAAAAGUGGAAAAAUUCAAGCUAUGGUGUCUGUAUAUUUUUGGUAAUGUGUUACUGUGAUUUAGUUUUCAUUAUGGUAGAAUUUAUUUCUUAGGAUAUAAACUACACUGCAGGCCAUGGAUUUAGUGGUUCUGCUGCCUGCCUCACAAUCACAAGGUCCCGAGUUUGAUCCCCAGUACUAAAAAAAAUUAAAAAACAAACAAAUAAACUGCACUGCAUGCACACACAAAUACAAGUUUCUCUUUUCCUUGCCAUCAAAUAUUGUGAGAUGAUAAACUUCUGUUUUAUAUAUUCACCACCGCUAAGCCUCAAUGUAAAUUCAUUUGAAAUUUACAACUCAUAAGCAACUAAUUUAUUAAAUUCAGAUCGUCGCUUGUCAAUUUAACUGACAGCCACUCAAUUUAUUUUGCAAUUUUUUUAGGUGGAACUGUUCUGUGUUGUCCAGGUUGGUCUUGAACUCCUGGACUCAACUAAUCCUGAGCUCCGGGACUGUAUGUGCACCCGAUUCAACUUUGUAACUGUGGACGUAGAAUUUUGCCUCUUUUUGAUUGCAGGAUAGAUUUAUCUGUCUGUCAAGAAAUAUAGACUGGGGAUUUAGCUCAGUGGUUCCGCUGCCUGCCUCCCAAGCUCAAGGACCUGAGUUUGACCC